AUGUCCAUAAAAGCAGCACUCAUUGAUCUUAGCGGUACUUUGCAUGUAGAGGAUGAUCCAACGCCAAACGCUCCUGUUGCAUUACAAAGACUUCGGGACAGCGGGGUUUCCGUUAGGUUUGUAACAAACACCACGAAAGACUCGAAAUCUACACUUUUUGAACGGCUUUCUAAAAUUGGCUUCCAACUGGAGAUCUCAGAGAUUUACAGUUCACUGAGCGCAGCUGCCACAUUUGUAUUGAAUGAGAAAUUGAAUCCCUUCUAUUUGCUGACGAGUGAUGCACGUAAGGAUUUCCCUGAAGAAGACACGAGUCGUCCACUGGAUUCGGUUGUUGUCGGUCUGGCGCCCAAUGCGUUCGACUACGACCACAUGAAUAAGGCAUUCAAUGUGCUGCUUCAGGAGAAGACACACAAACUUGUGGCCGUGCAUCAGGGCAAGUACUAUAAGCGAGCGGAUGGCCUAGCUUUGGGUCCGGGGUGCUUCGUCAAAGGACUGGAGUAUGCGACUGGGAGUACGGCAACGAUUAUUGGCAAGCCGAAUCGCUUCUUUUUCCAAAGCGCCUUGCCUGCCAGCUUGAGACCGGAAGAAUGCGUGAUGAUUGGUGAUGAUGCCAAUGAUGAUAUUGCCGGUGCCAUGAAAGUGGGUCUGCAGGGCGUACUGGUCAAGACGGGUAAAUUCUUGCCGGACGCAUUGGCAGCCAUGUCGACACCACCAACAGCUGUGGUGACCAACUUUUCCGAGGCAGUUGACUGGGUGCUAUGUAAAAAUAGAAGUUAAAUUUUUAAUUGUACGCUUUCCGAAAACAAAAAACCAGCAAAUAGCAAAUGCACCAGAUUUUACCGUUUCUAACUAAAUUACAAUUUAGGUGUGAAUAAUUUGUAACAUGGAAAAUAAAUGUAAUUAAAAUUUGCA